GGGAAUGAUUCCAGCCUCUGGGGUCGGAGGCUGCAGGCGGCGGAGUGCCUGGGUGGGCACGCGGCUAACAGCUCUUCCUACCCGGUGGCAGCGACCGAUGGGGAACGGCUGGAGCGGGCUCCGGGGAUAACGGCGGACAGCCGGGACUCCCAGGCGCUGGGCCGAAGCCCCGCACCAGCGCUGCCGCGAGCUCGCGACCCGACGUGGGCGCCGCGCAGGGGGCGCGGAUUUGAGACAUUAUAAAUUUACUUAAAAUGGCUGGAUUUUCAUCUGAAUAAGUCACUGAAACUGAAGCCAUCCAAGAACGUCUGCAUCCAGUAGGGAAAUUCUAUGAAGCCAUAAGUUUGAAGAAUUUGUGAAUAUAAGAGGACUGUGGAUCCUAUCUAUGCAGACUUUCUUCCAAGGGGCAUUUGGCAUAGUGUCUGAGACACGAAUUCAACCAAAGAGAUCAAAAUGAUCCUCAACUCUUCUACUGAGGAUGGUAUCAAAAGAAUCCAAGAUGACUGUCCUAAAGCUGGAAGGCACAAUUACAUAUUUAUUAUGAUUCCUACUUUAUACAGUAUCAUCUUUGUGGUGGGAAUAUUUGGAAACAGCUUGGUGGUGAUUGUCAUUUACUUUUACAUGAAACUGAAGACGGUGGCCAGCAUUUUUCUUUUGAAUUUAGCGCUGGCCGACAUAUGCUUUUUGCUGACUCUGCCGCUGUGGGCUGUCUACACUGCUAUGGAAUACCGCUGGCCCUUUGGCAACUACCUGUGUAAGAUCGCUUCAGCCAGCGUCAGUUUCAACCUCUAUGCCAGUGUGUUUCUACUCACAUGUCUAAGCAUCGAUCGCUACCUGGCGAUUGUUUACCCGAUGAAAUCCCGCCUUCGGCGCACAAUGCUUGUAGCCAAAGUCACCUGCAUUGUUAUUUGGCUGCUGGCUGCCCUGGCCAGUUUGCCAGCUAUAAUCCACCGGAAUGUAUUUUUCAUCGAGAACACAAAUAUCACAGUUUGUGCUUUCCAUUACGAAUCCCAAAAUUCAACCCUCCCCAUAGGGCUGGGCCUAACCAAGAAUAUACUGGGUUUCCUGUUUCCUUUUCUGAUCAUUCUUACAAGUUAUACUCUUAUUUGGAAGACCCUGAAGAAGGCUUAUGAAAUUCAGAAGAACAAACCAAGAAAUGAUGAUAUUUUCAAGAUAAUUAUGGCAAUUGUACUUUUCUUUUUCUUUUCCUGGAUUCCCCACCAAAUAUUCACUUUUUUGGAUGUGUUGAUUCAGCUGGGCGUCAUAAAGGACUGUAAAAUUGCAGAUGUUGUCGACACAGCCAUGCCCAUCACCAUUUGCAUAGCUUAUUUUAACAACUGCCUGAAUCCUCUUUUUUAUGGCUUUCUGGGGAAAAAAUUUAAAAAAUAUUUUCUCCAGCUGCUUAAAUACAUUCCCCCAAAGGGCAAAUCCCACCCAAGCCUAUCAACAAAAAUGAGCACACUUUCCUACCGCCCCUCGGAUAAUGUAGGCUCGUCCACCAAGAAACCUGUCCCGCAUUUUGAAGUUGAGUGACCCACUCAAAUUUGUUUGCGAAGUAAUCUUGUUAAAGAAGAGGCAGGAGAAACAUUCCUCUACAGCACUUCACUUUUGAAUGAACAUUAACUACUUUUCAGAAUUUAAGGAGAAAAUGGAUUAUGUGGGCUGAACUGACUUUUCUCAAGCUCUGAACAAAAGCUUUUUUUCCCUUUGCACCAAAACACAGCAGAGCCACUUUUUUUUGGCAUCAUUUGUAUUAUAUAGAUGAUGGUCACUCAAAGAAGGAUGUCAGAAACUAGAGGAAUGUGUUGAUUUGGAAAAUUUUUACGGGCUGAAAUGCAGUGCCCUGGUCUGUUCUUGUUCUGUUAUUUUUUAUUUCCACAUAAAGAUAUUUAGAAUAUGCUGAACCUUUAGAGGAGCAGCAGGAGAUAGAGGUCAAGAUUGCUCUGCCCAAUUUCCAAAGAGCAGUCAAGUUUUGGGGCCUUUUUUAUCCAUGUGGCAACUGUGGUCUGCUUGUACCUGCUGCUACAUGUUUGUACAAAGAUUUGCUUAGUAGUAGUUGUCAAGUUCCAGAAACUUUCUAUGAAAUUCAGUUAGCAUCUUAUGGAAUCACACUGCCAAAACAAUGCCAGUUAAAUGGCUUAUUUGUAUAACGGUGUUACUAAAGUCAUGUAUAGAAGUUUACUUGUAAAGGUGUUACUGUGGUCCCAGCUAGUAAGUGUCUUCCUCAUUGUCUUAGUUUAUUUCAUACCUGAGAAGUAAUAUAUUUUGUGGUAAAAAGAUUAUAAAAAAGAUUAUAUGUCAUAAAGUAUGCCUUACUGUUUUCAAAAGUAAAUAUCUCUAUAUAAAAAAGAUUAUAUAUCAUAAAGUAUGCCUUACUGUUUUCAAAAGUAAAUAUUCUCUAUAUAUGUGUAUAUCUAUAUCUCUAAAGUGUCACCUGAUUAAAAUUUGACCAUUAUAUUUACCUUAAAAUAAAAUAAUUUUAUUAUAAUGUAUUUAAUCUUCAUUAUUUAAAAUAUACAGUGAUUUUUUUUCCUUGAUUUUCCUCCAGCUACACUCUCAGGAGCCUGAAUGGUUCUGGGGACCGUCCUAGCCCAAAGGCCACUGUCAGGGGAUUUCUUGAAUUGACAACUUUCCUUUCCUGUCUCACUCCUUGCUUCCCUUGGAUGUCAGACACCCUGGCUAUGUGGGCCAGGAAGGGCUGUGGGGUUUCUUUUUUUUAAUUAUUAUUUUUACAAAUAGACAUUCCCAUUUCCCCCAUCUCUCUUCCCUCAGUAAUCUCUAAUCUGCCUUCCAUCUCUGCAAGUUUUCUAUUUCUAGUCAUCUAAGGGAUAUUGUACAAUUUUUGUCCUUAGGUGCCUUGCUUAUUUCACUGAGCAUAAUGUUUUCAAGGUUCUUCCAUGUUGCUGCAUGUCUCAUAACUUCAUUCUU